UGCUGGCUUUUAUAUCCGAGAGAAAUUAGUAUCAUAUAAAUAUUUUAAUUACAUGCAUCUUUUCCUGACAUGAAAACAGAAAUAGUCCUCUUCGGUCUCUAUAGGAUGAAAGCACUAAACUGUAAUGAUGAACGACAUGGAUUGGCCAAACCGCGAAGAGCGAUGAGAAAAGUAACGGGUAUCACGUGACAUCGCCGUCAUGUAAUGUAAUGACACUGAAAAACUUUAAUAGGUAUUACAUUGAAAAAUAUAGAUUUAUAAUGUGAUUUUUUAUUAUUUUUACUAUCGAGCCGUCAUACCUGACAAAUUACAGGGAAAUUUUGAGUCACUAAGCUUUAACUAUUUUGGGAAGCUCAUGUAUUUUAUUAUUGUAAUUUAUACAUAACGCUUUUUUGGGCUUAUAUUGUUAAUUCUAACGAAAACGUAACAAAAUAAGAUCAAAUAUAUUCACAAGAGGCGUAAUGUGUGGUGUUCGAGCGAGUCGUCAUGAUUCAGUCCAGGCGAGUCGAGCGCAGAUUGAAUCGUUUGUCAUUUCUGCAGUAUGGCGGAGGACAAGGAUCCAGUGACCCGACUGAAGGAUCUGGCUCAGCUCAAAGACCAGCUCGAAGAGAUCCAGAAGAAGAUGGAGAAUGAGGUUCAAGCUGGAAUCCCUCAGGGUGGCUCAGUUUUACAGUCUCCUUUGCUGAAAGGAUUCCUGGCCGGGUAUGUGAUUUCCAAACUGCGUUCCUCGGCCGUCCUGGGAGUGGCUUUGGGAACCUUGACGGGAAUCUACGCCGCUCAGAGCUAUCAGGUGCCCAACAUUGAGACGAGCCUACGAGACUUCCUCCACUCUCUGAAGAAAGGACCGAGUGAUUAACAGUGCCUCAGGAGUGAGGAGGAGAACAUGUGUCACUGAUGUUUGGUUUGUGUCCUUCAGCAUCACAGCGGAGCUCCUUCCCUCCUGAACCAAACCCUUGAGCUAGAUCAAACCCUGUUUCCAGGUCUGUAUGUGAGGGUGGAUUUGGACUGUUUUGAUGAAAAGUGGGCGUUAUGUAGGACUGCAAAAUGAAUCGAAACAAUAUCUAAAUCACAAUGGAGCUUAGUAUGAUUAUCAAAUUGCAGUGGCUGUUUAUUAAUUUAAUUAAAUAUAUGUGAUGCGUGUUUCAGAGUGAAAUGUGGGACUGUGCUCAGUCCGUUUAACAUUUAAUGAACAAAAUUAAGACCUACUUAAAUAUGAAUAUUGUAAUUUUACAGUUAAAAAUCUUGUGUGAUAUUUUUCUUAUUAAAUACUCUCUUUUUUUAAGUGCAAUUACAGUAGUAAUAGUUUUUGUUUCAUAUUUUUAUUUAGUAGUGAUAAUUAAGCUGUACACAAAAAUUGUACAGCUGUACUUUGAUGAAUUCAUUAUAUUAAAUUAUUAUAUAAAAUACAAUUCUUAUAAACACACAUACAUAUAUAGAGUAUUAUAAUAUUAUUUUUAAUAUAAUUCAUAGAUUAAUAUUUAAUAUCAAUUUUCUUGAAUACUUACUCAAAAUAAAUAAAUAAAUUAAAUAAAUAAAAAUGUCUACAAGAAUUUUUAUCAGAUUUUUAGCCCCAAAUCCUGCAGCUCUAGCAUCAUGUCCGUUGAAGACUUCUGUUUCUCCCGGUGCUCUGUGUCAGUCUUUUGUAGCACUUCUUCCUGUACUCUCAGAAGCAGCUGUUGCUGGCAGACGCUGAGUGUGAUUGUGACAGAUAACCUCCUCGCAGGAGACGCGGGGUUUGUCUCCUUCUUCUUCAUCUAUUGUUUCAUCUCAGGAUUGGCAGUGUCUGCCUUUGAGUCUCCAGAACUUGUUGCUGUAUGUCUUCUGCGUGGGAAUCAAUCUGACAAUCAGCAGUGGUUUCUCCACUCUCGUUGGGCUCAUUAUUGUGGGACAGGCUGCUAACGGGCUGUUCCUCAUCUCUUCUUCUAUGCUGGUGAAUGACCUGAUUCUGGGAACACAGCUCACACAUUACUUCCUGUUUCCUGUGCUGCUGCUGAUUGGAUGGGCCUUCCACCAAAGAUGACUUGGAUUUUUUUAUGACUCUUUAUCUGUAGUGAACCAUUUAUUUUUUCAGCAUAUGCCCUCAGAUAUCGAGAAGUGCAUCUUACUGUGAAUGAACAUCCUCUCAUCGAGACUGAAUGUCUGCCAAUGUAUUGUUUUUACUCAUAUGCAGUAUUUUAUUUUCAAAAUAAAUGUUGAAAUGAAUGGCACAGCACAUUUAUGCAAAUUGUAACUGAUUUACCAGGUUAAAUAAAGGUAACAAAUAAAUAUAAUGGAUCAUUCA